AUUUUAAGGCGGCUGCAUCCUCACUGCCGGUGGAAAUCUUAAAUGGGUGGCAACUUGGACUCGGAUUCUGACUCUAUUUCGCCACCUUUAUCACCCAUCCUUGGGCACAGUGGGGACGGCGGCUUUGUCAGCAAAGAAUCAACAGAUGCAGAAUCCGCAAUGCUAUUUUGUUUCAACUGCAAAGGAUGUGCUCCACGACCUGCCUGGAACAAUCACGAUGACCAUACUUUCGCCUCGGACGGGCUUAUUUCACGUCGACAGCUUAUCACGGCCUUAGAAUCUCUUACUGGUCAGUCUGUAUCCCGUGAUGAUGAAGAUGACCAGGAUAUCGUGGCAACAAUGGAGGAUGAACAGGACGUGGAUAGUGGUCGUUUCUCAUUAUCUAUUCGUGGUCACUAUUUUCACCGUGUUCUCGACCCCAUGGAACCAACGGAGGCGAAAUUGCUGCUUAAUUUAGCCAGAAGAAAUAUUCACAUCCUUCAAAUCUUGGCCAAUCCAAAGAAUAAUGGUCUGGAUGAGGAUGAUGAGGAAGCGCCGUGGGAGCUCAGAAAACAAGUCGUCCAUUAUUUCAACGUCAUGGUUAGCAGGAUAUCGCAAUUAAAAUCGAUAAUGUGGCGCUCGAUGGAUGAACUGGACCAGUUUUUUGCCUCGUUUAAAGACGUGUUUGGUCACGUCGUGUGGCAUGAAGGAGAAGGCGAUGGAUGGCCAAGAUAUUUAACAGAAUUCGUAAAUAGACAUCGGGAUGGAAAUGAGACCUCGUCCGCUCUGUAUCACCUCUUUCACGUCAUUCUGGACGUAAGAUGGUCACUUCUCAUUAUUUAUGGCAUGAAUAGUUCUAUAUUGUCCUGGAUUUUGGAUGACUUGGUUCAAUUGGCGUGGGCAAUGUUUCAAGUUGGGAGCACGGGGACGUCUUCCUCAAUUCCCAUGAACAAGACUCCGUUCAACUGUUGGUGCGUCAAAGAGUUGUGGACAAUGAUUCGUUUACUUUGCGAAGAAUUGAAUAUAAAUUUCUGGACCACCUUAACCGACUCGUUACAACUUUGGACGAAGAACAGACGAGAAAACAGCGACGAAGUCGUAUUUUUUCCCCUCUGGCUUAUAACUCAUCUCGCCACUUUAUCAGAUUUUAGCCUGAACGGGCAGCACAUUCCACUCCGAGAAAAGAAGGAGACCUUAAAAUUCAACGGAUAUCCGCUCGUCAGCUCUCUCGUCAAACAAUGGAAAACCAGCAACAGUGGUGGUGGUGGGAUCACUGCUCUCAAUUCGUGUCCUGUAUACCAACUACUCUUCGAACUGUCGCAAUACUGGGGAUUCGAAUUGGAGAUUGUCGUUACCCUUUGGAAACCGUGGUUGGAGAAGGUGGACAAAUUCAUGGGGGAUUUGGGAGCUGGCGCACUUGACAAUUAUUCGUCAGUGGACAAGUGGUUCAAAGUUAUUCAAUCCGUCUGUCCGACUAUCGACAUCAACAGUAAAAUCACGCCCGGUCCUUCAUCCUCGUCAUCUCGCCGUUCUUCUUGGCCCAUCCUAGAAAUGGACACUUUCGUUUCCAAAGAUCCAUUCCUCUCAUUUUUGAAGGUGCUCGUAGGACAUGCCAUCACCUCUCGAGGGACAGAAUGGAAGAAAUUGAAGGCUCAAUUGGGGAUGAAUCUGAACAAGAACAAUGUUGGCGUUUUCGGUGAAAUUGGACUCGUUCGUGUGAGCACGUUGUAUCUCGCACUAGUUUGGGCUGUGUCGGACACAACGAUGAUGUGCGACCGACUGCAGGAAAUUUUACACUAUGGGAAAUCAACCCCUGCUCGGUCAAAGGCCGUUUUCCGUGCUACUUCGACCGCAAUUUUCAUCCUCCUCCAGAAAUCAGAGUCCAUCGCUUCACAAGAAAUAGCAAAAUCAUUGAUGAGCAAAAUCACCUCGCUCUUUGCUCAAGCACCCUUUGAUUCUGGAAAGAAGGACAAUAUUUCCGUGUAUUUUGAACUCCUCGACACCCUCCCAAGAACGCCAGCUUUGAGCAGCGAAAUCAAUCUCUCUCGAGACUUCCUCAUCAGUCCCAACACAACCAUGUGGCUCACCACGUGUGGACCCAACCAUGUCGUCCGCACCCUACGCACAUUAUCAAACUUGACAAAUUGGAUAAUAAAUUCAGAGAAAAAUUCUUCCAACUUGUUCUUAUCGCCACCGCUUCCAGCAAAAUCACCUGAAGGGAAGGCACUCGCGUUAAAAAUAUUUGAAAGGACGUCACAAUUUUUAACCCAAACCGCGAUUUCAACAAUAUAUCGAACUCCAACGACAGACGUGGAACCAAUGUCAAUUUUAGCUGCAGAUUUGACCAUGAUUUCUAAAUGGUAUAUUUCUAAUCAAAUCGGACCAGAUUCUGUGACCAGAUUAUUUGACCAUUUCGCACUGAACGAUUUAACGUGUCCUGAAAUUACCCAGUUUUAUGUAACAAGAUUAUUGGCAAUUCGUGGCGAUAAGGAAUUUGAAAAUCUGAUCCGAUACGCUAAAUGGUGUCAAGUUUGGAUUCGUCUGAAUGCGUUUGAUUGUUGCAUUUCUGAUCGAUUAAGUGAAAUUGUGCUCGAACCAGGAUUUUCUAGCACUUCCAAUUCAGACUUGUUGGACAAAUUUUGUGAGAAAAUUGCUCGGGAAGAGUGGAGCAUAAUGGAUAUUCAGAAUAUGUUUAGGCCGUUUCCCACUCUCGUCAAGGCUGUAACUUCGUCGAAUGGAAUUUUUAAGACUGAGGCCAAGGAGAAGGUGUCGAGUGUUGUCCGGUUUUGCACCCAAUUGUUGGGAGGACGCGGAGGCUCGCAGUUUGGUCGAUUUUAUGUCAAAGGUGACUCUUCUAGUGUUGGCAUGCAAUUGAUGACGCUUCUAAUUCCGCCAUUCCUCGUGGGAGCACCAAUGUGGGAACGGUGGUCAAAAUGGGUCGUCUCUGCCGUGAAAAAUUAUUUAUUCGAUCUUUUUAAAGGAAUCGUCGAUUUUCGAGGAUUUUGGACAGAUGCAUUUCUCCAGAAAAAAGUUAAUGAUUUAACGCAUCUUGCACUCUUGGGAUAUCUUGAUCCCAGUGACUUGGAAGAAUUUGAUCACCAUCCCGGCGUGAGAGUGAUGCUUUAUGCAGAAGACCACGAAUUGCUCUACGUCCUCCAGACCUGUGUAUCCGCCAUCAUAUCGAACUGCUGUACAGGAAAGGAUUCUAAACUGAAUGCGCGUUUUGUUCAUUUCGUCUCCGCAUUGAAAAAGAAGGGUCACACGACUCCCGUUAUGCGUUUUCUCCCCGGAAUUCUUACCAGUUAUGCCAACUUUGGAGGAGGGGAUUUAACCAACUUGUGCAUAGGAAUUAUUACUUAUUGUUUGGCAUUCAGUCAAACCCCGUUCAAAACUUCCUUCAUUCUACCUGCUUUCGAGUCCGUGAUGGAAUCCAGUUUCGCCUUCAAAAGUAAAAAAUUUUUUGAUCUGGCCACGAUGAUGAGUAAACCCGGGGCGAGAUCUCAGAUUAAAACGUUCGUGAGGUUUGAUUUCCUCCCACUUUUGGAGAAACAUGUCCGUUCCUCUGAACAAAGAAGGGGAACUGGGACGGAUAUGUCGUUAAGAAACCCACUCGAAAAAUUGGAACGGGAUACAUCAGCAUUUUGAAAGUUUAAUUAACGAAUUAAUUUAAAGCUAAAUCAAAAAUCAAACUACUUUGUGAUAUUUUAAAUUAAUUUUACCUAAUGUUUUAUAAAUACUUGACUUAUUUUAAUCAA